CCAAACCAGAUAAGAUCGGGGAGCACAAUAUAUCCAUCACACCCUUCAAUUUUCUGUUUCCUCCCACAAAAACACAACAGCAUGGCCUCUGCUACACUAACUCUUCUAUCUCCCCUCUUCCCAAAUUCUCUGAACUCUUCCCUCAAACUUAGAAUCUCAACAGUGCCAAGAAAUGGAAGUUCUACGUUAAUGCAAGAAAACCUGAAACUCGAUGAGAAAGUAAGUCUGAGGAGAGAAGUGUUGAAAGGACUCGCAAUGUUGCCGCUGCUGGUGUUGGGAGCAGCUCCCGUUUCAGAAGCAAGAGAGGUGGAGGUGGGGUCUUAUCUUCCUCCAUCUCCCACCGACCCUUCUUUUGUUGUCUUCAAGGCCUCCCCCAAAGACACCCCAGCUCUACGUGCAGGAAAUGUGCAGCCCUACCAGUUCCUCAUUCCGCCAAGUUGGAAACAAAGUCGCGUGGCCAACAUAUUAUCAGGCAAUUACUGCCAGCCUAAGUGUGCAGAGCCUUGGGUUGAAGUGAAAUUUGAAGACGAGAAGCAGGGAAAAGUGCAAGUGGUGGCAUCUCCUUUGAUACGUCUAACCAACAAGCCAAAUGCAUCAAUUGAAGAAAUUGGGAGUCCCGAGAAGGUGAUUGCCUCUCUUGGUCCUUUUGUCACUGGAAAUUCCUAUGAUCCUGAUGAACUCCUGGAAACAUCUGUUGAAAAACGUGGCGAGCAGACGUACUACAAGUAUGUUCUUGAGACACCAUUUGCUCUGACGGGUUCCCACAACCUUGCAAAGGCAACGGCAAAAGGAAGCACUGUUGUAUUGUUUGUGGCUAGUGCAACUGAUAAACAGUGGCCGACAUCCCAGAAAACUCUGAAAGCCAUGCUUGAUUCAUUUGAAGUCUAGCUCUCUGUUAGAUAUGUAGAAAGCAAAAACACAUGUUAAAUUAUCAUUCUCUUCUUCUUCUUCCUCUCUCAAAUCAUUCUGUUUAUAUUUGAUUCACAUUUAUCAAAUUGCAAAGUGGUAGAGGAUGAUACACACUGCUCUAAACCUCAAUAAACCGAAGCUUUUUUCA